ACGAGAGGAGCGGGCUAGAAUAUGAAAACAUCUAUGGAGAAUCUGUUGUCCUGGGUCGCGCUGUUCAUGACCGCCCUGUAUUCCCUGCUUGCUAGCUGCCGAGGCGAAGAGUGCGGACACGAGGAGCUGGUGAGGUGUGCCAGGCCCCUUGAGAGAAUCAGCAGCAACGACCUGAGUCUCGUCGUAACGAAAAAGGAGGAGCUCAACAAACUAUGCCCCGACCUCGAGGCCGGUAUGAAAUGCAUCACAAAGUACACGAUCAAUUGCAUGAAGGAGAAGCAGAGGGAGCACUUCAACUCGCUCUAUACCGGUACCAACAAGGCCAUCAUGGAACUAUGCCACGAUGGCCCGUAUCAAGACGAAUUCUUGAAGCACGCCCCGUGCAUGCAAAAAGUCAAGGCCGAGUACGAGAUGUGUUACAAAGCGUAUCAGAAGGGUACGGUAGUGAUGGAAAAGGUCUCAAAUCGCACAACUGCUACACAAGAAGAAGAUCUCAAGUCUCUUUGCUGCGCCUUCACGGAAUACCUGGAGUGCUCUCAUCGUACAGUACGCCGUCAGUGUGGCGAUGAUACAGCGCGAUUCACGAAGGACUUCCUCGACAGAAUGUCAACCUCACUGCUAAAAGCGCACUGCGCGUCUUACACGCACGAGGAGUGCGUUAUGCUCAACGGUAGCUCGACGCCAAAUCUUUCUGCCAUUAUACCAAUGACGCUUAUUCUCCUUAUGAGAUACUUUACGUAAUUGGCUCCGAUCAGGAUCACUUUUUACCUUCGAAAGAUAGCGGAUAGGGGAGCGCGAGAGGAUGAGGGAGGGAGGCAAAAGAUGGGGAAUCAAGCGAGAAGAAUGGCGAGAUGAGGAGAAGAAUCGCUAGGACACGAGGAGAAGGGGGAGAGUCAUUCGACUUUUAUCGUGCUUUGCUUCAGAGAGAAUAUAUUCCUUAUUUUCGAAGAGUGCUUGAAGAAUAGUCGAAGGAGAGGAGGAGGUCGAAAAGAGAGAGAAGAAAAACGUCGGGGAGAAAAAAUUGAUCCAAGGACGGGAGAAGAGGGAAAAUAUAUGCCGAGGAAGGAAGAGCGCGGCGCUCACGCGCAUUUUUUUCUUCAAAGAGGAUAUAUUUUUCAUUUAAGAGAUGGUGCAAGAGAUGAUGAUAAUCACGAUUACGAAAGUAAACAACGUGUGGGAGAUCAGUAUUAAGAGAGAAAGAAGCGAGGAGAGUGAGAAGGACACUCCAAGAAGAUAUGACGGAGCACCGGAAGAAUGGAAGAGGAUCGCGCGGGAGAAAAAUCGUCGGUGCGAGAUGCACAUCGUGGAGAUAUCGCGAAUCGAACGAUAAUAAAGUAGAUCGUGUAGACCCGACGUGCCGGAGAGUCGCCUCGAUCGAUCGUUUGCUCUCCGUGAUCUGCCAAGUUAAUACGACACUGUCACGUAAGACUGACUCGAUCUUUUCUUUUUUUACGCGAGAGAAAAGUCGCGAAAAAAUGAAAAUGAAAUAAAAAUAUUCUUUAUUAACCGGCGAGAUCCUUUGCGAGCUGUCUCUUAAUUGCCGCGCGCGUGCUGUUCUGCUUGUAUGCGCGAGAAGUCAGAAUUCCGCGAACACGUGGAUCGAAUGGUCGGAGAAAAAGGGCGGCGAGAGUAAGGAGGUUAAAGAUUUAUAGCGAGGAGAAAAGGCAAACGUGUCUUUCCGGCACGUUUCCGCUUCGAUUUCGGAAAAGGGCGCUCGUGCGGAAAGAACGAACGAGCUAUCGUCGCCCUGAAAUCAAUUUCAUCGAAUAAUCGCGAUCUAUCGAUUCGUGCGACUACUGAAAGAGAGAGAGAGAGAGAGAGAGAGAGAGAGAUCGCCGAGAAAAAUCUGAGUAGAGCAAAGAAUUUCUACGCUCGUUCAAAGAACGGCAGAUAAAAUCACGGUACGUUCCUUUGCGCGAGAGAACGCAAGCGUAUUUCGUUAAAGAAACGCGAUCGCCGUGAGCACAAGUGUCUUCGACUUUGUCGAAAAUUUAAAAAGUAGUAAAAUAGACGCGCGUUAUUGCGAUUUCAUCCAAGAGAAGAGGGCCCGGUAAAGCUAUCCGCCAUCUCGAAACAGGUGCGAGUCGCUUAGCUUAUCACCGAGCUUCGAGAGCUCUCUCUAGGUAUGUCAAACCAAUUUUCUCUCUAUGCAUUAUACGAACACUUUUGCACUGUAUUCGGGGGGCCAUGUACAUUUUCAUAUUUGCGUACAAUGAGCGAGAUCCGAAGGUUUGAAGAGCGUUUUUUAAUUUCAGGGAGUCAUAUAAUAGAGUUUCAAAAAAAAAGUAGUUUACAAAAAAAAAAAAA